UACGUAAGAGACUACGCAAAUGAGUAGAUUAAGUAGAAGAUGCUUGUCGUCCAUCUUGGAUAGCGGGCUACAGUUAUUUUAUACAUCAAUGGGCACAAGGGAAUAAAAUCACAGCACAUUUAGCAGAAGAACAAUUUAAACCUAUCGACUUUCAUAACGUUUUUUAAAAAAUCUCAAAAUGUCCAAACUGGAGUUGUUCAACGCGUAUCUUACAGAACGGCUGACCGCGGCGGCGAGGGAGAUAACAUCGGCAGUAGAGAGAACAAUAACAGACUAUCAGGAGGAAAUCUCCCGUUCCAAGGAGGAGAACGAACGGUUACGACUGUUGCUGGAUUUCAAACCACAUUUACACUUACAUACAAAAGACCCCCAACAGCUCACCUUCACAGUCUCUAAAGAGGGGGUUCCCCCUGAGCAGCAGCACUGUGAACAAGAGUGUCCCAGUAUGGGGCAACAGGUCCCAGAGCCCACACAGAUUAAAGAUGAACAGGAGGAAGAGCUGCUUCAAGGGCUGGAGUCUGAUACCAAAGACUUCAUAACUGUCUGUGUGGUGAGUGACUGUGAGGGUGUGAACACACGUCAUGCAUCGCACACUGUGGAGAGUAGAGACGGAGGUUCACCGUUCAAUAACACAACUGGAAGGAUCCAGACAGAGCCUCAUGAUGAAGACUAUAUAGACUACAUAGUAUCAGAACCAUCCAGUCCUGCAGCUCAGAGUGAAAACAGUGUGAACAGUGGGAGGGACACCGAUGGGGAGAGCAGGGAGCGACCGCCGGGGUCAAAGCCACGGAAAUCACAAAGAAAACGGGUGAAGAAGGGAAUACGUGUUGUUGAAGAAGCUUCUCCUCAUUGCUGCAAGCUGUGUGGGAGGACUUUUGUUCGUAUGGGUUUUUUAGUUAAUCACGUGCAAAGAACACACACAAAGCAUGCUAAACAAUACCGUUGCGGUGUGUGUGAAGGAGUCUUGGACUCCAAAGAAAAUCUGACAGUCCACGUGCAAACCCACACUAAAGAGAGAAGUACUGCUCACCCUCAAACCCUCACUGAACCAAAACCUAGGCCCAGUACUCACCCUCAAAUACUCACUGAACCAAAACCUAGGCCUACUGCUCACCGGCAAACCUUCACUAAAGGGAUGCCUACUCCUCAACUUCAACCUGCGGCCAAACCUACUUGUCAUGUUUGUGGCAAAUGUUUCCCUUACAAUCAUAAUCUGAAACUACACAUGCGUACUCACACAGGCGAGAGACCGUUUAAAUGCAGAGAAUGUGGUAAAUGCUUCCGAUCUAAGGGAUAUAUGAAGGUGCACUUGAGGAUUCACACUGGAGAGAAACUAUUCCAAUGCAAAGAAUGUGACAAAGGCUUCCCUACCAAGCAAUACCUGACCAAACACAUGCUGUUCCACACAGGGGAGAAAUCCUACCAGUGUAAGGACUGUGGGAAAGGCUUCGACCAGAGGGAAGACCUUGAACAGCACCAGUCAACUCACAUAGAGGAGAAGCCAUAUGGUUGCAUAGAGUGUGGCAAAUGUUUUAAAGACACUUACCAUCUGGCCAGACAUAAGCUGGUUCACACAGGGGAGAGACCUUUCACGUGCACUGUGUGUGGACGGGGCUUCAGCACCCAAGGCAACCUGAAAGUACACCAGCGGAUUCACACCGGAGAGAAACCCUAUCGCUGUAAACUAUGUGGUAGAUGCUUUACAGGUUUUGCUAGUCUUAAAUAUCACUUGAACACUAUUCACCAUUACGACGGUGUCCUUUUAAAUGACGUGUCUGUCAGAAGAUGACAAACCAGAAGAACAUCAUUACACCAUUGUGGCUUUAUAGUGUAUUUGUGGUGGCGGAUGGAGAACAACCGUUAGGACAUAGAAUCUAUCAAGGAAUAUGUGAUGUACUUUAACACCUUGAUUACAGUUCAACAUUGGAUGUGAAAUAACACAUCUGACACAACGGAUAUAUAUGCUGUUGUUCCACACAUAUAUAUAUAUAUAUACACACACAUACAUACUACCUUUCAAAAGUUUGGGGUCACUUAGAAAUGUCCUUGUUUUUGAAACAAAAUCAUAUUUUUU